AUGAUUUUUUUCCUCCAUAAUCCUUGUACUAAUGUUCCUUGUAUGAACAAUGGGAUGUGCUCCCUGAUUUCGUUCCGAGAUGGAACGCAUAGUUGCACUUGUCUUCCUGGAUAUUUUGGCGAUGAGUGUGAAAUCUGUAAGUUAACGUAGAAUUACUUUAAGUGAACAAAAGCACCUUUUCGAGAUCAGCCUGUGUCAGGCUCUCAGAUCUCGGAGCCUGGAACAGGUUAUUUCGAGAUAUGAACAAGCUAUUAAGAUAUAUUUCACUCAUUCCACGUUAAGUGAGUAAAUUACCAUUUUUUGGUGGCCAUGGCAAGUUUUGAGGACCCAAAUUGUUUUUCCAUAAUCAUUUCGCUGAAAAAUAAUUAAAAUAUGCCCAAACAAAUAGCGACAGUACCCCUUUGUGCUCCUGUAGACAGUAACUUUGAGGGAAUAAUCAAGGCCAAAAGUGUCCAAAAAAUGCCAUUUUGCUAUGUCCGCAUGGAGGGUUGGUAUAGAAGGUUACGGUAUAUUUGUAUACUUGUCGCCUGCUACUAUGGAAACUAAUCAAUCCAAUGUCUCGGGGGGGACCUAAACUAAAGUCCUACAUGAUCAUUUCUCACUGCAGUUCAGUUUUGUUGCUUUUAACUACAGUGAACUGGUGUCCACUAUUUUUAUGAAACUUCCGUUACCGAUCUGAGGGCAGAUCACAAAUGGCCUAGAAAUAAAUAUUGCGAAUGAUUUACAUCGGGUAAAUAUUACUUAAGUUUGCUCUUUUUGAUACGCAAUACAUAAAAUGAAGAGCAAAAGCCUAAGGAAAGAAAUUGCAUCUCACAAUAGCAGGAUUUAGGGUGAACAGUUAAGGUUGUAACUUCCGUUACUAAGAUUACAGUAGGAAAAAAUGAAAAGUGGUUUGUGCUGAUUUUUGUGGUGACGGAGGAGCUAGUGAGGAUCAUUAUGGAGUAUGUUUGGUUUUUCCGAGUUAUUAAUUUCACUUAAAGAUUUAACAGAAAAGGUAGAAUUUUAACUUCCGUUACCAAGAAUUUGUCCGGUCUCUGAAACAUGGGAUAAACGUCAGGUAAGUUUCGGGAAAUGCUGUCACACGAUUGCCCCAUCAAACAACGCAAGCCUUGAUGACAUCUGGUAAAGAUUUUGUCAUAAGUACACCCCCAUACGUGUUCCAUUGGUGAGAUACGUCUCUGUCAAGUAUGAUAAGGGAAUUUUAGCUGAGUUUAUGGUUCGCGGAGUUUCUUUGCAUAGUUUAAAGAAGUUUAUUUUCCUUUGAAGUAUUUCUAGGCAAUUUAGGAAUAUAAGAUGAAAAUGGGACAGGCUUCUUGAUCAUUUUAAUUUUUUUUUUUUUAAGUAACGGAGGUUACACAAAACAGGAAGUGGAUUAUCUUAAGCUGUUUUCGCUAGUUCAACCCUCUUUUCUGUGAAUGGACUUUGCAAUAUUCAUGUAUUACAAUUCUUGUACGAAUUCUAACAGAUUACCAUGUAUCUAUUAAUUUUUUUUCCUUUCAAUUCAAUUUAUUUUGCUCAUUUUUGUUGUUUUUAGCCUCGUUCCACCCAAAAAUUCCAAAAUUUCAUCCAAAAUUGUUUAGCAUUAAUUCAAUUCAACAGAAUAAGUCAUAUGCAUUGUUAUUUAAGAUGGUCUGUAAUCCCAGAAGUAAGUAGUUGGAAGAGAAAUGAAAUAUUACCUUCCUUCUGUAACUUCCGUUACCGAAAUUUACUUGAUAAUCACUCCUUUUCUACUAGAUCACAUGUUUCCAAACUAUAAUAAAGGUAAAAAACACUUUCUUUCCUUCACAUUUAGCAAAAUAAUGUUUAGUCUGAAAGCUUUUUUAAAGAAAAAACAUUAAAAAAAACACAGCAAUUUUAAAUUCUCAAUAUUUUGUUACGUCAGACCAAAGUACACCAUGGCAGAACAACUUGACUUUUUCAUUCCUUGAGUCACUGACUUGACUAAAAUGUAAAACUCAGACCUUAGCCUGCCACAGAUUUCAUUUUAAACAUUUUAGAGUAUACGCUAAAUUGAAAAAAAAAACAUAGAUACAAUGCAACACUGUGCUGUUUCAAGCCAUACAAAAUAUCACACUACAUGCUAUUAAAUAACAGGCUAUAACUUUUUAUAGGUAAAAGAUAUGUUGAACAAAUUUUGGUUUCUCACCCUUCAAUGAUACAUCUUUCGGUUAAACUAACUACUUGUCUGAUUUGUUGACCUUCGAUUUUUUGAAAAUCCUUGGCACAUUUUACCCACUUAAUGAGGAAUGAGUGAUUUACAACAACAACAACUAACAACCAGCUCAAAUUGUUAGAUACCCAAGCUUCUAGUUAGAGCUGUUCACCUCGGCUUUGUGUUAUAUGCGAAUACCAAAUAGCCGAACUCUUUUGCUUUUUUGUUAAUUCAGAUGCACCAGAGGGCCGGGACUAUAACGUCCUCAGUCAACCUAAUCGACACCAGUCUUUUGGCCGAGGCACUAACUCAGACGGCAAUCUUGUCCCCGGCUGGUAUCGCUUCCAAUCAAGUUCAUACUCAAGAAUGGUAGACAAUUGUAUUCAGGUCCACAGAUGCAAAACAGAUAUAACUGGGUGGCUAAAAGGUGGCCACCCUACCUUUAAAGAUGGGAUCGUGGACAGGGAAGCUUGCUUCCACGGAUGGGAAAACUUUUGUUAUAGGAUACGCGUGAGGGAGUGUCAAGUGUUUUAUGUGUAUGAGUUAAACCCGUCACCUGAAGGGAGGUAUCGCUACUGUGCAAGAGAAUGA